GGCAUCACCAAAGGAAGAACCAAAGCAAACAUUCCAUUCGAAACCACACUUGGCUGAAGUGCACAGACAAACACGGCGGAACACUUCCCCAACGCAAUAAAGCUUGAAGGAGAGAAAAUAAAGAUCAGGUUUCCUUGCCACAAAUCAGCAAGAAGGGCACUCAGAUCAAGGUACGCAUAGAAUUUGGUUGCAAGACUUAUUCUGAACAAAAUCCUCCAACCAAAUUUAAAGAAGCAUAACUAUCUGAAGCUUAUAAAGAUAGUUAUAAAAGUCUACCGGAGUUAAGGGUGGGAAUUUAUAUACGUUGUUUGUUUGUUGUUUUUUUAAAAAAAUCUUUUGCUGGUUGCAGUAGUAUUUUUUUGGCAGCUGUUGCAAAUCUCUGACAAGUUUUUCCUUUUGGUCUGUGUGGGAAAUUCGUAUGGAAGUCACACACCAUGCCAGCGAAUGCCCUUACUUGAACGUGAACAGACAACUCCAUCCUACAAGGGCAUUUCAAGUGGACCAACCCUUCUGCAAAUUCAUAUGAAAACUCCAAAACAGCAGAAAGUUCUUUCUUGCCCUGUUUACAACAGCUAACUCGAUUAAAAACCACACCGACUCUUGCUGCAGUUCAGCUGUGUUUCCCCACAGGGCUGUAUUAUAGUUCUCUAACCAGUCCCACAGCAUUGAAUGAUGUCAUGGGAUCAGUUCAGCAAGAUGAAAGGCAUUAAGCGGAACCCGCUGGCACUGGGGAAAACUUCCAACACACAAUCCGUGAGGAGCACAGCUUGAGAACAAAAAAAAAAGAAAAAAAAAAAAAAAGGAAAAGGAAAAGGAAGAAAAGAAAAGAUCGGUUAUAGACCCAGCUAUUCAAAUCCAAGAAAGACAGAUUUUUUUUCCCUUUCCAAGAAAAAAAGGAAGGCGGCUCAGCCUUUGAUGUACAGCAACAGAUCACUGAUCAGAUUACAGGCAUUUGGUCUCACUGCUUGCCUGCCUUUGAUGUGUGUGUUUAAUUUUAUUUUGCUGGAUUUAAAGUUUGCCUGGGCUUGUACUGACAUACGUUUAAAAAAAAAAAAGGAAAAAGAUGAAGGUGUUUAAUAUAGAAGCUCUGGCAGAGUAAAGUUCAGUUGCAGGAAGCGUGGCUGUUGGAUGGGCAUCAGGAUAAUCAGGUCUAUUUCUUUCUUAAAGGAAAAAUGCAUACACAAAAGUUUGAGUGGCAAUAUUUCAUCUUUAGAUUGCUGAUACUUUUGAUAUAUGUUUUAAAUGUUAUAAUUUGUGAAACUGGAGAGUGUAGAGAGCAGGAGUAUAGAGAUCAUGAUGGAAACUGUAUAUUGUGUGAACAAUGUGGCCCUGGAAUGGAAUUAUCUAAGGAAUGCGGUUUUGGAUAUGGCGAGGAUGCCCAGUGCAUGACAUGCAGGCCAAACCGAUUCAAAGAGGACUGGGGCUUUCAAAAAUGCAAACAAUGUUUGGCCUGUGCUUCAGUAAAUCGAUUUCAGAAAAGCAAUUGUUCUGCCAUUAGCAAUGCUGUUUGUGGAGACUGCUUGCCUGGAUUUUAUAGAAAGACAAAGCUUGGUGGCUUUCAGGAUAUGGAAUGUAUUCCUUGUGGUGAUCCACCUCCUCCUUAUGAACCACAUUGCACCACAAAAGUGAAUUUGGUGAAAAUCCCAUCAACUGUUUCCAGCCCACGAGACACUGCUCUCGCUGCUGUGAUAUGCAGUGCACUGGCAACCGUACUUUCAGCGCUCUUCAUCCUGUGUGUUAUCUAUUGCAAGAGACAGUUCAUGGAAAAGAAGCCAAACUGGUCUGUACAAUCACAGGAUGUUCACUAUGAAGGUUCAGAACUUGCAUGUUUUGAUAGAUCACAACUUAAUAUAUAUGAACAUAGAACAUGCUGCCAGGGCCAGCAGGAUUCAUUACAGAUGUGUGGUCCAGUGCAUCUGAUUCCAUCGCUGUGCUGUGACGAGUCCUGUAGCUUUGAACAUAGUUGUCAUAGCUGUCCUUUUCACUCUGAGACUACACUUCAUGAAAGGAAUUCAAAUUCUGUUGGAGAAAUGAUUCCAGCAUUUCUUGGUUCUCUUUCACAUUCUACUUGUGGAGAUCUUUCAGAUGCUUGGCCUCUCAUCCAAAAACCAGAAUGUUGUGAUAGUAUUUCUUUCUCUGAAUCAUACCCUGAACUAGUGGGAGAAGAUGAAAAUCUUUUCAGCUCCUUAGAGAUAGAAAGAGACGUUAUGGAAUCAGAGAACAAACAGGAUUUAAGUGUAGUCACAUCUACAAACCCUCAUUUUGGAAACUUGACAGAAUCACCUGAACUUUCCAGUAUCACUGCUCCCUUAAAUCAGGUUUUGGCUGCUGAACCAUUCUCAGCAACAGAGUAUGACAGAACAAACUGAUAAACAGGAAUCUGCAUGACCUUUCCUGGCAGCCCUUAAAUUGAGUGCCUCUUCUCUAAUGUUUGUGAAUGGAAUGCUGCCUGGGUCUCAGUGGUACUGUUUCAGAAACAGCUGAAAUAAAUUGGCAGCAUUUGAAAGCUCUUUGGCAGUUGGAUUUGCAACAAAGCAGCUGUAUGAGAAGAUUUCAAGGAGCAGUGUGGUCAAAGAGCAGGGGCAACUGUGGGUUGUCCCUCAUUCAGACAUAGUUUGAUGGAUUGAACUCACAGCUAAGGAGAUUAUGUAAGGAUAACAAGCGGUAGAAUAGUCUUCUGAGUAUAUGUACUAACAGCAGAUGUGUGACAGGAAUUUAUCCUUUAUUAUAUUGACAAAAAGGAAGCAUUUGAUAGGAUUUGUAACAAAGCUGUGUUGAAUCCCUGUGAAUGUGCCAAGAAUCCUAGCACUGCAAAGAAUCCUUUUUAAGAAAAAUGAAAUUUUCUGAUUUGUCUAUAUUUAUUUAUUGUGAGCCUGGAAAUAUCUUCUUCUGUCACAGUUCAGUAUUGCAUAAGUAAGUGCUUAUAUGGAAAAAACACAUUGUAGAAAUUGAAAAGUGGUGCUCAAGAGCCUUUUGCACGGUUCUUUAUAGGGCAGCUCUCUGACAUUUAUCUUGAACUAAGUCCCGGUGGGUUCGGUGCUGCCUACUCUGGAGGUAAAAUAACUCAAAUUUUCAAUGAAAUAUUUCCCCUAUAAAUAACUGCUGUUACAUGCUGGUGUUUGGCAGAAUUUCAUAAUUCAAAAAAACACAUUAGAUGUCAUUUAUUUCAGUAGGGAUGUUUUGUUAGUUAUACCGGGCAUUUACUAUAUCAGUGAAAUUUAAUGUGCUUUUUUAUACAUUUUUUUUUAAAGUUUGAAAUAAAACCUAAAAUUAUGAAUGCCUUUGGCCCCCCCUGGACAGUGUCUCAGGACCCUAGGAUUCUUUACAUUUUUUUUUUUAAUAAAGAAAUGAGCAGAGUUAGCGCAGAAAGCAUUCAGGAUCUGAAACUCUCUACCAUUUCCAAUCACUUUCUAUGUCUCCAAACUAGAGGGCAAACUAUUAAAAAAAAAAGUCCCAUUGCUUGAAAAAGUAGGUAGAGAUGUAUAUAUCAGUAAUUAUUUCUGCUCUUUAAAAUAGUAGCAAAGAGAGCAUUAGAAUAGUUCUGCCACUCUGCAAUACUAUUCCCUCUUACUUGUGGAUAAAAAUUGAAUUCAAUGGGAUCAAUUUUCUCAGUAAAUAUGGAUAAAAUUGCAGUCUUAAAAGCUACAUUUUUAAACCCACAAAUACAUAAUUGAGGGAAUGCAGUCUUAUCCAUACAGUAGUUACUUGAAAGUUAAGGCUCACAAAAAAGUAGGAUGUAAGGUCAGACAUCCGAGGCAGAUGGGUAUGCAGGGUACUAUGUUAACAUUAUUAUUGCAAAAUUCACAUUUAUAUAAUUUUUGCAUGAGGAACCAUAUUUAUGUAAACUUUGUAAAUAAUCUGACAUGCAUUUCAGUAUUGUGUAAAACUUUUGAUAAAAUAUGUAUAGAAAUUUCACUUAUGAAAGCUUUUUCAUAAAUUAAUUUUGUCAUCCUUAUCCAUUAUCUAUGGACAAUGGUCAUUUUUGUUUGUGUAAUUUACACUUUAUAUAAUUAGAUUACCCACCCGCCCACGUAUUAAAAAUGAAGAACUAAGAAGUAUAAAUUACGUAUAAUAUACUGUUCAUGAAAUGUUUGAUUCAACUAAAUUCAUAUUGAUUAUGUUGCCUAUGUCAAACAGUGAUAUAUGCAAAAAGAUUCUGUCCCUGCUAUGUCCCUUCAAAACUUUCAGUGGUACAGCCAUCACACUUGCUGAUCAUGCUUUUCUUCUCUUUUCUUCAGUCUUUCCCAACAUUAUGGACUUAUCAGAGAAGCUAGGUCUUCGUAUAAUGUUUCCAAAAUAUGAUAAUUUGCCCAUUUGUGCUUUAAACGAAACUUUUGGCUGACUCGUUCUGUGAUCUGUUCAUUAUUUUCUUGGCUACUAAUGUUUCCUCGUGAGUCUUCUCCAACAUUCAGAAACUUCAGUCUUCUUCCCUUUGUGCUUAAUCAAAGCCCAACUUUUACCUUCAUGAUGCUGAUCUUUGUAGGUCACAGCAUCUGUAUAUUUUUUCUCAGAUUUUCAUUGCUGCCUUUUCAUGUGCUAGUCUGUGGCAUAUUGCUUUAUAGCUGAUAGGUGAUAGGUGAUCCUAAAAUGCAAAAGCUAUUCUCAGUAUCUUCAUUGUCAAUUCUGAGGCUGGUUGUUGUACCAGUUAUUAGUUUGGUCUUUCUUAUAUUUAAUCUUCAUCCCAUUUUUUCACUGUGCUCCUUGAUUUUCAUUAUGAGGGCUUGCAGAUUAUUUUCAGUUAUUAGAGUAGUGUGGAAAAGUACUCAUGUUUCUUCUUCCAAAUUUUGAAACCAUCUCAUCUUGUUCCAAUUUAGCCUCCUUUAUUCUAGAGUUGCCUCUUAGCUAGAUGGGCAGUAUAUGCGUUUAAUAAAUAAAUGUAAGUCAAAUAAAUAAGGAGAAAAUAUACACUUUGUCUCAGUCCUUUGCCAACCUGGAGCCAAGUCUAUUUUGCUAUGUUCCUUGCAGACUUGGCUUCCUGUCCUAAGUAUAGGUUUUGCAUAAGGGCAAUGAGUUGUUCUUGAAUUUUCCCAAGGACAUUGCACAUCAUGAGACGGUCAAUGCAAUUGAAAACCUUGGUGGUAUCAGUGAAGCGCUUUGCUAACUUCUUUUUGUUAUUCUUUGGCUUUAUCAAAUAUCAAUAAUGUUUCUUGCUCCUCAGCCUUUUUUAAAACAGGCUUCAUUAUCUGGCCGCUUGCUUUUCUAUAGAAUCUGUAGGAUUCAAAUUUGUGUUGAUUCUGUUGUCAGAACUGUCUUAGUUUUAUUCUUCCUGGAUAUGAAUGCAACAUUGUUCCUUCAUUGUUUUUCAUGUUCCAAGUGAUAAACAGGAUGAUCUUUUGACUGAAAGUAUCCAAUUUCAGGCCAUUUCAGUUCACUGAUGCCUAAGAUGCCAACGUAUAGUUGAUUAAUUUCAUCUUUCACUGUAUUGAACUUUCCCACAUUUAUGCUUCGUACAUUCCGCAUACCCAUUGCAACUCUUGUCUUUGUGGCUUCGGUUUUUCUUUUCCUACGUUACAACUACAUCCUGCAUAUUUUAAUCUAACCACACCAUAUACAGCAUUAAUACUCAAAAAAAUAUCUCUCAGUAGCUUUUUCAAUGCAUCUGAUGUGAGAAGCCCAUCAUUCAGCAUUAUUUCCUCAAUCACUUUACCUGGUCUAUCCAUGUGAUUUUCUUAGUGAAAUACAGGAAUAGCUUAACAUUGCCUUCUCCCACUCAGUAUAAAAUUAUACCAUUAAAUUUAAUAAUAUAAAUAAAUGAAUCCUUGCCACCCAGUAUAGGUGCCUUUUACUUUAGCUGGGCAACUAGGGUUACCUUCAUGCCUUGGGCGAUCCAUUUGGUGCACACACUCAGCCGUGCUCUCUGCCACCACAAUAAGGAAGAAUAGCAGGGCUGAGAAAUGGGCGGGAAGUGGGGAGCAAAAAUGUAUACUGACAGACUUCUCUCAAACACAAUAUUUUUAAAAUAUUUUAUAUGUAGAAAUACAAGUGUGACUUGAAGCCUUGUGUACAUGUUUAUAUAUUUUUCUAUUUGUUAAUAAAUAGUCAUUCAAAUAAUA